AUGCAUCUAUAUCUUCUGAUAUUAGCAUAUAUGUUGAAAGGAAUAGUUACCCAAUUACCUGAUCCCUUAUUGUCACCAUGCCCAGAUAUAUUUUAUUACGAACCUCAAAAGGAAGCUGACAAAUGGGUUGGAGUAAUCACAAUUCAUACUACUGAAAAACUUGUCGGAAUAUGGCUUACCGUGAAGUUGGAUAGGAAGGCUGAACUGUUGGGGAACUGGUUUGGAGAAACAUAUUCUACAGACAACAUAGAUUUCCGGAUCUCAAAUCCGGAGUACAUUCUUGAAGCGGGACCUCCUGUAGCAAUAAGGUUUUUUAUAAAGUACAACCCAAUUGGUACACCCCCUAAGUUGGACACUAUACGACUUAAUGGUUUAACUAUUUGCCCACAACAACGGCAAGAUUUACAAACAACGACCCCUAAGUUGCAUAUUAGCAAACCUAAACCUACUAUCUCUUCAACUAUCGUUGUGCAUACUGAAUCAGACAAAUAUGUGACACCAAAUACAAAUAAAAUUGUUUCAAGCUCAUCUCUUAAUAAAGAUUUGUCAUUAAAUAAUUUUAAUAGUCAGACCAUAGGAGGGGACGGUAUUAGUGAUUCCAGUUUGUAUAUUGACAAACCAGACGUUUAUAUUCAUUCUAUUGGCAAUGUUGGUCAUACUCAUCCCAUAGAUAAUUCUAAUAGUUUAAAAGACAAUAUUUUACCCAACUACAGCCCAUCUAUUGAUAAACCUGUUAGAGCGGCAGGUGGUAGUUUUAGUGGGUCUAGUUCUACAAUAGCAAAACCAGUUAAAGGCGUAGACACCAUAAUCACCAAUAACUACAAUUCACCUAUCAACAGACCUAUUGGUACUGUAAAUAGCAAUUAUCCUAUUACAAAUAAUCCAAAUAUUGGUACGGGAAAUUAUUAUCCUCCUAGUACCAGACCAAACGGCAAGCUCCCUGAGUAUCCUAUAAAUAAUGGUAGAAAUAGGUAUCCUGUUGAAACGAAACCUGUGGAUAAUCCGCAUUUGGGAUACAAUGUAGCUACAACAGGAGAUUAUGGUACCAACGUUCCAAUAGGAUCAGAUGAAAAGUCCAUGGAACUAAUACGCGAAAAUCCAAAUACUAUUCCUAACAGAGAAGUUGGUGCGCCAUCUUUAUACAAUGAGCUUAAUGUACAUGCCAACAUUUCACCAAGCAAUAUACAAACUCCUUCCCACAAUUCUGAAUCGCGUGAUUCGGAGGAAGAUUUCUUUCCAGGAGACUUUAAUGCAGAUAAAGGUGCAAGUACGGAAAAUAAUCUUAAAAAACCGUUACUUGAAAAACAACCAACUGUAGGUUGUGGUACAGUGGCAUUAAAGCCUAAAGCUUUCAUUGCCUAUGGACAGGAUACAACUCCAGGAGAAUGGCCAUGGCAUGCAGCAGUGUAUCAUACAAAAGGCAUAACCUUAAGGUAUAUAUGUGGAGCAAGUCUAAUAUCACAGACACACGUGUUAAUUGCUGCCCAUUGUGUAACCAAACCUCGGGCAGCUAUAGCUGUUGAACCUGAGAGCAUUUUAGUCUAUUUUGGAAAAUAUAACUUAAGGACUUUUGGGCCAGAGACCCAAGACAGAGAUGUUUCACAAAUUACUAUUCACCCAAAUUUUAAUUCUUCGAUGUUUUUUAAUGAUAUAGCAAUUAUAAAGUUGUCACGACCUGUUGAAAUAACAGACUAUGUUAGACCUGUUUGUCUUUGGGAAGAUGAUACCAACUUGGAAUCAAUUGUCAACAAAGAUGGAACCUCUGUGUGUAAUGGAGACUCUGGAGGAUCUAUGGUGUUCCCUAAAAGAAGUUCAAGUGGACAAAACCCGGUGUGGCAAAUUAGAGGUAUUGUUUCAGUAGGCGUAGCGUUACAAACUGAAGGGAUUUGCGAUACUUCCCAAUACGUAAUUUUCACAGAUGUUGCGAAAUACUUGCCAUGGAUAAAAGAAGUUAUGAAUUCAAAUUAA